CCGGGCCUGGGAGGCGGCCUGGGGAGCCCCCAACUUCUGCGCGGUGGAAUCCAGCGGGGAGACGGCGUUCCCCAGUCGCCCCCACUUUCUGGAAGGGGGGCUGGACUCUGGAGAAUGGGUCAGGGGCUCCUGGCUUCCCCCCGCGGAAUGGGAACUCGUGAUCGCAGACUUGACCCCGCUUGACUGGUCCUUGGAGUUUGGGUGGGAGGGAGACUUUCCCCAACUCUUCAGAUCCAUCGCCGGCCCUGAACCAGCUCCAGCCCUCUAGAGGCUCUCCUCAGCCCGCUAAAAGGGGGGUGCUCCUGGGCCAGAGUGAUUGCUCAGGGAGUGCUGGGGAGAAUGAGGGGUUCCCAUCUCCCACAGCCACAAACGCAUUUCUCAAAAUGGAGCCUCCACUUGCCCCUCCUUCUCUUUCGGGCUCCAAGAGCGGGAGCCGGCCUGGCUGGGCCUGGCUUUCCAGACUCCUGGCUCUGGCUCCCUGGGUGUGUGGCUCUCAGGGCCCGGCUCUGUGGCACUUUGGACUUACGGGCCCUCGGCUCCGUGGGGUUAGGGGGCCCUGGCUUACUGGGUCUCGCUGGCUGUCCCCUUGUCGGCCUGACCCUCCGAGUCUUUGUCUCUUUUGGGUCCCUGUCUUUCUCUGAGCCUGUCUCCUUCCUUCAAUUUUCACUUUCUCCGUGCUCGCUGAAGUGGGGAAAUGCAACAGAGGUGCCAGCCCCCUUGGCCCCGUAAGAAGUCCCUUCCCCACUGUUCACUCCACGCCCUGGAGUGGGCCCAGAGAGGGGAGGGGAGGGGGUUCUCUAUCUGCUCUGCUGGGGGCUGGGAUGUGUGGGGUGGUCUGAGCCCCAGCCCUACAGAGGGGCCUGUGGUCGCUCCCUGCCCCCGGCCUACCCCUCCCUCAGCUCCCCGCAGCUCCUGCCCCGGUGUGGACACCCCUUCCUGGUUCGCAGUGUCUUUUGACUCGGGUGGGAAGGAGGGCGGUGGAUUUAAUGGAGCGCAUGCGAGAAAGAAGGGGAACAGAUCAGGCAAAGGAGUUGGAUAAUAUCCCACCUCUCCCCACACGCCAAAGAGAGAAGGAAACAGGCUCCCCCCACCAACGGGCCCUCAAGCCACCCGGGCUCCCACCACUCUCAUACCUGCGUGCCCACGUUCACAGGCUCCCCUGCACACCCUGGUGCACUCACCUUCCUAGUCACACACAAACAUGGGAGCUCACACGUAAACCCAUGAACUUACUGACAAAUCUGUCCAGGCACCGUCUCUCCCAUACACUACAAAUUCACUUGUUAGAUCCGCAUUUAUAACUUGCACAGGCUUUCUAAUGACCCCUUACCCACACACUCUUGUAAGAUAUACACAUGUGAAUUCACACAUGAACUCAUAUGUAUGUGAAUGAACUGAUACAUCAAACAUGCAUAGACUCACAUUCAUGAUGUUUUCACACAUUUUCAUACACACCUGUUCAUUUUCAUGCUCCUGUGCAUGUAGUCACACAACAAAUAACUAAAUGCACACACUCCUACUCCCAGUGCAAUUCUCUGUCCGCUUCUUGGCCCCGCUUUGCAUGAUGACUUCAGCAGAUGCCUAAGUCCUGGUCAUCAGCGGCCUGGGGACUGGGACUAGGGAGGGGGUUCCGGGUGGGGGCUUGUAGCUGCUUCCAGGAAGGAGCAGGGCCUGGGGAGGUGGAGCCCUCUUGCCUGGGCUCUGUGGAAGUGAGGUUUUGGAGCAGCCGCCAGAGGUGAAGGUGGGGCAUCUACCUUCCUCCCCUCAGGGUUAAUUUGGGGACCUUCUGAAGCUGUAGGGUUUCAGAGAGGUUGGCAGUGUGGGGCAGAGCCUGUGGAGCCUCCUUCAGGCCUCACCGAUUGGGUGUGCAGAGGCUAGGAGUUGUCAUGGAAACUGGUAUGAGCCUGCAUCCACCUCUGGGAGGCAGGAGACCCCAAAGGACACCUGUGGACUCCCUAAGAGCCACGGGUUUCUUAUUUAGCCAGGUCGACAGAGAGGCAGUUUAGCCGCCUCUCUGUCUGAGAGAAACUGAGGCCCAGCAGGGGGAGGCAGGGCACUGCCUGGCCUUGGCCCUUUGUUCCCUAAUUACCAUCUGAGGUGCUGAUUGCACCCCUGAGGUACCUCUGCCCAAACUGCCCUGUAAUGAGGCCACCUGGCUGAGAGGACCAGGGACCUGUGCUUCAAGCUGGUAGAGAGGGCCCCUCCCUCACCUGAGUCCUGGCCUCUGUGGAGGAUACAGGAUUGGGCUUGGGCCUGGGUCUUUGCUGCCAGGUGGCCCUGCAGUAAUCAUCCAGGCCUCCCAUCCCUCUCAGCAUCUCUGCUGAGUGAAUUCACUCCUCAGCCCUGUACAGACCAGCAUUGGGCAGUGUGGUCUGGGGCCCAGGGGGAAUUGAGGUUCAUUCCAGCGCUUGAAGGGGGAGUCUUGGUGGGGAUCAGGGCUUGUUACUGAUGUCAAGGAGGUGUUUGGUCAGGAUCAGUGGGUCAGGAGGGAUAUCAAGGUGGAGGGACUCUGACACCACUGCCCUGCUUACAGGUCGCCUGCGAGGCCGCUGGCCAGGCCUGAGCCUUUGCCACCAUGGCCAUUGUGCAGACUCUGCCAGUGCCACUGGAGCCUGCUCCUGAAGCUGCCACUGCCCCACAAGCUCCAGCCAUGGGUAGUGUGAGCAGCCUUAUCUCAGGCCGGCCCUGUCCCGGGGGGCCAGCUCCUCCCCGCCACCACGGCCCUCCUGGGCCCACCUUCUUCCGCCAGCAGGAUGGCCUGCUGCGGGGUGGCUAUGAGGCACAGGAGCCACUGUGCCCAGCUGUGCCCCCUAGGAAGGCUGUCCCUGUCACCACCUUCACCUACAUCAAUGAGGACUUCCGGACAGAGUCACCCCCCAGCCCGAGCAGUGAUGUCGAGGAUGCCCGAGGGCAGCAGGCACACAAUGCCCACCUCCGCGGCCCACCACCGAAGCUCAUCCCUGUCUCCGGAAAGCUGGAGAAGAACAUGGAGAAGAUCCUGAUCCGCCCAACAGCCUUCAAGCCAGUGCUGCCCAAACCUCGAGGGGCUCCGUCCCUGCCUAGCUUCAUGGGUCCUCGGGCCACCGGGCUGUCUGGGAGCCAGGGCAGCCUGACGCAGCUGUUUGGGGGCCCUGCCUCCUCCUCCUCUUCUUCCUCCUCCUCUUCAGCUGCUGACAAACCCCUGGCAUUUAGUGGCUGGGCCAGUGGCUGCCCAUCAGGGACGCUAUCCGACUCUGGCCGAAACUCACUGUCCAGCCUGCCCACCUACAGCACCGGAGGUGCCGAGCCAACCACCAGCUCCCCAGGCGGGCACCUGCCUUCCCAUGGCUCUGGGCGAGGGGCACUGCCUGGGCCAGCCCGAGGGGUCCCUACUGGGCCCUCCCACUCAGACAGUGGCCGGUCCUCCUCUAGCAAGAGCACAGGCUCCCUGGGGGGCCGUGUGGCUGGGGGGCUUUUGGGCAGUGGUACCCGGGCCUCCCCUGACAGCAGCUCCUGUGGGGAGCGCUCACCACCACCCCCACCUCCACCUCCUUCGGACGAGGCCCUGCUGCACUGUGUCCUGGAAGGAAAGCUCCGAGACCGGGAGGCAGAGCUUCAGCAGCUGCGGGACAGUAUGGACAAGAAUGAGGCUACCAUGUGCCAGGCAUACGAGGAGCGGCAGCGGCACUGGCAGCGAGAGCGUGAGGCCCUGCGAGAGGACUGUGCGGCCCAGGCACAGCGGGCACAGCGGGCCCAACAGCUGCUGCAGCUACAGGUGUUCCAGCUGCAGCAGGAGAAGCGGCAGUUGCAGGACGACUUCGCACAGCUGCUGCAGGAGCGCGAACAGCUGGAGCGGCGCUGCGCCACCUUGGAGCGGGAGCAGCGGGAGCUCGGGCCGAGGCUUGAGGAGACCAAGUGGGAGGUGUGCCAGAAAUCAGGCGAGAUCUCCCUGCUGAAGCAGCAGCUGAAAGAGUCUCAGGCAGAGCUGGUGCAGAAGGGCAGCGAGCUGGUGGCCCUGCGGGUGGCGCUCCGGGAGGCCCGUGCUACGCUGCGGGUCAGUGAGGGCCGUGCGCGGGGUCUACAGGAGGCCGCCCGAGCUCGGGAGCUGGAGCUGGAAGCCUGUUCCCAGGAGCUGCAGCGACACCGCCAAGAAGCUGAACAGCUGCGGGAGAAAGCUGGGCAGUUGGAUGCUGAGGCGGCUGGACUCCGGGAGCCCCAUGUGCCACCUGCCACUGCUGACCCAUUCCUCCUGGCAGAGAGUGAUGAGGCCAAAGUGCAGCGGGCAGCAGCCGGGGUUGGGGGCAGCUUGCGCGCCCAGGUGGAGCGGUUGCGGGUGGAGCUGCAGCGGGAGCGGCGGCGGGGUGAGGAGCAGCGGGACAGCUUUGAGGGGGAGCGGCUGGCCUGGCAGGCAGAGAAGGAGCAGGUGAUCCGCUACCAGAAGCAGCUGCAGCACAACUACAUCCAGAUGUACCGGCGCAACCGGCAGCUAGAGCAGGAGCUGCAGCAGCUCAGCCUGGAGCUGGAGGCCCGGGAGCUCGCUGACCUGGGCCUGGCAGAGCAGGCCCCCUGCAUCUGCCUGGAGGAGAUCACUGCUACUGAGAUCUAGGGCCCUCGGCACCCAGCUCUGUAGGGAGCUCUGCCAGAGGGGCAGCAGCUGCAGAUCCACUUAGGCCCCAGGGUCCAUGGAUGACCCCAAAGGCUGAGGGCCCCAAAGCCACUUGUCUCCUAGGAUCCAGGCCUCUGGGCUUCUGCCAAGAACUCGGGGUGGCCCUAUGACUUGGAGGAGCAAGAUCAGACUGCUUGAAGGUCCCCGUGUUCACUGUUACCCAGAGGCUCCUGUUACUACCCACUUCAUUCCCCACCGCUGCCAGUGCCACUGCCAACCCUGUUCACAGGCGCUUCCAGCCCACUCCAGCCAGGGGAGCUGGGAAGAAGAAGGGGCUCCCUACUCUCCACAUUCCCCCCGACCCCAAAGCCAGAGAAAGCCAGAUGGCACCAGCUGCUCCAGAUGUGCCUGCCCACAUUGGGGGACAGGGCCGGGCCUGGGCUCAGUUCCCGGGUUUGAGCUCUGCAGCCUCUUUCCUGGAGUGAGGGGGCUGAAGUCAGACCAAAGGAAGAACUCAGAAAUGUCUUGUUUAUUUGUGUUUGUGACCAAGCAGCCUCUCCCUUCACCCAGGUUUAUGGCCUCGUUUUCACUUGUAUAUUUUUCACACUGUAAAUUUCUUGUACAAACCCAAAGAAAAAAUUAAAAAAAUUUUUUUGUUUAAAAAUAA